AUGUCGUCGCAAGAUCCGCUUGAUCGUUUUGUAAUAGGGUAUCCGAAACUGGCUGCACAGAUGGAGAUACUGCCUGAGCUCGCUGUAUUCCGCAGGUUUGGGGCUCUCAAUGCUCAAAACCUGCUGUACAUGCAAGCUGAGCUCACAUAUCUGGAAGAGAAGCUACGAAAGCAACAGCUGGCCGACAAAAUUGACGGAUCGGGGAAGAGGGCAAAAUUUGCUCUGGAUUGGUUCUGGCUGCGUGAAUCCGAGAAGGAUGGCGCAGGUGAACAACUGGAAUUGGUUAUGAAGAUUAGGGAAACAAUGAAAGAGUACAAUGACGCGUUAGUACAACAAGCCAAAAUUCUGAAGUAUCCAAAGCCUAGCACUUGGGAUCUCCACCACAUCCAGAACUAUCUCCAGUCUGCAGCAAUGGGCGACCUUGCGUUAAAUGGAGACGACGCAGAGAUAUGGGGCUCUGCAUGCAAUCGAAAGUCCUACAAGCCAGAUCUGGUGACUCUAUGUCCUCGCGCAAAGAAGGACGCCUUUUCAGCAUGGGCUGCGGAGAAUGCCAUCACCAACCUCUUCAGGUGUGGCUGUGCUCGACACAUGAAGCCUUCCCGCGUUCAUGGAGUGGUCGGCUACGAAGAUAGCACUAUCUAUCGCAUUACGUACUGGAUCACCAGUAUUCUCGCGUCUCUCAUACCGAUAGCAUCUAUCGCCGUGCUGUACCGCGUUCAGUCCAUGAAUGCAAGACUGGGGAUAAUUGCCGGGUUUAAUGUUCUGGUUUCUAUCUGCUUGAUGGGUUUGGCUAACGCGAAACGCGCCGAGAUGUUUGCUAUCACAGCUGCGUGA